AUGAGGAAUGGGACAGAUGGACAGUGGGAGCUGCCUUUCACCCUGGUCUAUGGUGUCAUCAUCCCCAUGGGGCUGGUCCUCAACGUGGUUGCACUGUGGGUCUUCUGCCACGACAUCCGCCUGCGCUCGGGCACCACAGUGUACAUGAAGAACCUGGCCACGGCCGACCUACUGUUGGUCUGCUUCCUGCCCAUCCGGUUGGUGUACAUCACCAGGAGCGGGGAUGUGGCACAGCUGGUGUGCGAGGUCACCAGCCUCAUCUUUCUGGUCAACAUGUACACCAGCAUCUUCUUCCUGGCCUGCAUCAGCCUGGACCGCUGCAUCGCCACCCUCUGGCCCUUGCGCUUGCCCCUCCGUCGGCUUCACCAUGCCGCCCCCUGGGUCAGUGCCGUGGUCUGGCUGCUAUCAGUUGGUGCCAGCCUGCCACCCUACCUCAUCUUGAAGUUGCGCAGCAACAAGACCACCAACCACAGUUGCCGCGAUCACGAUGCAGUGACCAAUCGCCUGACUGUGUCCUUCACUCUCUCCAUUGGCUUUGGGCUGCCCUUCGCCCUGCUCCUGGUCUGCUCCCUGCUGGCACUGAGGAGUGUGAGGAGCAGCGGCAGGCUGGACCCCCACCUCAAGAAGGCGCGCAAGACCCAGAACAUGAUCCUGGCCAACCUGCUGAUCUUUACCUUCUGUUUCCUGCCCUACCACGCCAUGCUGCCCUUCUACGGCAACCUUCAACGGCGAUCAAAUCGCACCGCCCACCUCCUGUAUCACGCCGCCCAGCUCCUGGCUUCCUCCAACGCCGCUCUCGAUCCCAUCCUCUACUACUUCAGCACAGAGGCCUUCCAGAAGACCCAGCUGAUGGCGACCGUGGGCGCCGUGGUCUCCUGCCGUUGCCGCCGCCGCCGCCGCCGCAAGGACACCGGGACCCCGGUGCCCACUGAUGCAGAGAACGUCACCUUCAUCUCCACCGUCAAGACCCCCUAA